AUGGUGGUAAACACUUCUUUACUUCCCGACCAUAACUCGAUGUCGGAUCGAAGUAAAAUGAUAGCGAUUGAUGACUCAAUAGUGUUUGGAGAAGUCUCUCGAUUUCUGUGUAACGACUGCGGACUUGAUUUUAAGAAGAGGUUUGGGAGUUUCAAAUUCAACUGGAUGGAGCCUUUCAAUAAUACCGAAUUUCUGAUGUUUGGUGAAGAAGUCAUUAAGGUGGUCAAGAGUUUGGAUGUCAUGGACUACGCAAGAAGGAAACAAAUCGUCGUGAAACUCGAACCACAAAAUCCCCAAAUCAGACAACUCUUUCAAAGGACUCACCACCUCAGCAGUUGGUUAAAUACACACGAAGAAGUCAUUUUAAAAUCUAAUAUGAAGAUUCUCCAAUUCAUGAAAAUCCACACAUUCGACAACAAGUGCGAAAACGAAAUAUUUCAGAACUUUGAGAAUGCAGAAAGAGUCGAAUCGCUAAAACGAAAGGACCGAACUAAACGGAAAUUACUGGGGUGGUACACAAAGCCCAAACAACCACAAUUUGAUAUGUGA